AAAAGCGUGUACACGCUGUACAGCUGUGCUGUCAUCACGUUCCUGAUCUGGCUGGAAGUGGAAUUGGUCGCCGACAAGGCUAACCAAGCGAGCGGACAUGGCGAAAUUCUCACCAGCAUGCUGCGCGUCUUCAUGAACAUUGUUCUGCUGUUCAGGAUGGUCGUCAACUACCUCUGCAUGUCCCUCGGCUCUUCAAAGAUGGCCUCCUUCUACUCCCGAGCAUUGUCCUUCGAAAAACACAUCGGAAUGGCCUCGUGGUACCGCAUUGCUGCUAAGCGUUUCUUUUGGUCGGAUAUCUUGCGAGCCUGCCUGUGUAUGGUUGUAUGCACGGCAUCCAUCAUGACUCUUCCCAAGCAGCCUCCGUACAAGCUGUCCAGUUACUCUGGCAAAAGCGCCCUUACGGUGACUUACAUCUGGUUGAGGCUCCUGGCAACUGCCAUCCUUUACUUCGUCUAUGACAGUGUCUGCAUCGUCACCUUGAAGACUUCGUGCGAAGUGCUGGCAGAAUACAUGAGGAGCCAGCUACGUGCGCUGAAAGUUUGCUUCAGCUUGAAAGGAGCUCAGCCGCUGCUAUACGACGACAUCUCCAGGUGCGUUGAGACCGUGAGGCUGAACGUGUUCCGGAUAGGUCAGCUGAAAAACAAGGUCAACGAAGUCUGGCAGGUGGCCCUGAUCGUGUCUUCGUCCUGUGCCUUGCUCAUACCGUGCACCGGAGUCUACGAGAUUUGCAGAGAAGGCGCGCUGAUGGAGCAGCACUACAGCGUCUUGCUUUUCGGCACUUGGACGUGGUAUGAAUUUGUGACGCUGACCUUGGCGAGCCAGUCGCUGGUGAACGCGGCUAAGGAAGUGAAGGAUUUCUGCAAAAGCCUUCGACGUAUAGAUGACGACUACUGCAGAAACGAAGUCGAACAACUUCACGACUCAAUCGAUCCGGAAGAUUUGAGUAUCAAAGGAGCAGACUUCUUCCAACUCAAGAUGUCGCUGCUUGUAUCCAUGGCUGCGUCAGUGGUUACGUACACCGUAAUCCUGGUGCAGACCAGUCAAAGCUUCAAGAAAUAAUAGUCCAAAGUAUUCGAGAACCGUCUUCGCAGCUACGUGAAGUAAAUGUACACCGGACGUUUUUCAGAGGAAUUCUUUGUUCUGCACUUUGAGACGAAGAAGAAAUAGGUAUUUUUCUCGCAACUUUAAUGUUGGCUCCAGUUGUGUCUAAUUGCG